AUGCUUUUGGUUUCUUUUCCUUCUUCCCUCUCUGAGCCAUUGAUGAUGGCCCUUAGUAAUUCCAGCAGGAGGCUACUCCAGCCUUCUUUUUUCCUGAUUGGCAUCCCAGGUUUGGAAGAAAGCCAGCACUGGAUAGCAUUGCCACUGUGUGUCCUUUACCUCCUUGCUCUAGUGGGUAAUGUUACCAUUAUCUUCAUCAUCUUGACUGACUCAUCCUUGCACCACCCUAUGUACCUCUUCCUGGCCAUGUUAUCUGGCAUUGACCUGGUCCUGUCCUCCUCCACUGCACCCAAAACCCUUGCAGUACUCCUGGCUCAUGCCCAUGAGAUUGGGUACACCGACUGUCUGAUCCAGAUGUUCUUCAUCCAUGCGUUCUCUUCCAUGGAGUCAGGUGUACUUGUGGCCAUGGCUCUGGAUCGCUAUGUAGCCAUAUGUCACCCUCUGCACCAUUCCACCAUCCUGCAUCCAGGGCUCAUAGGGCGCAUUGGCAUGGCAGUGCUGGUGAGGGGAUUCCUCCUCCUCCUCCCUUUCCCUAUCCUGUUGCGGAGACUUGUCUUCUGCCAGACCACUGUCAUAGGCCAUGCCUAUUGCGAACAUAUGGCUGUGGUAAAACUUGCUUGCUCAGAAACCACAGUGAACCAAGCAUAUGGGUUAGCAGUGGCACUGCUUGUGAUUGGGCUAGAUGUCCUGGUCAUUGGUAUUUCCUAUGCCCUCAUCCUCCAGACAGUGCUGAAUGUACCAGGUGGUGAGGCCCAACUUAAGGCGUUUAGCACUUGUGGGUCUCAUAUUUGUGUCAUCCUGGUCUUCUAUGUUCCUGGAAUAUUCUCCUUCCUUACUCACCGCGUUGGCCACCAUGUACCCCAUCAUGUCCAUGUUCUUCUGGCCACACUCUACCUCCUUGUGCCACCUGCACUCAAUCCUCUUGUCUAUGGAGUGAAGACUCAGCAGAUCCGCCAGCGAGUACUCAGGGUAUUCUACACAAAAGGAUGGAUCUGA